ACGAGACAAGAGGCUGAUUCUGUAAAAAAAUUUUUUUUUAAAUAUAUAUAAUUUCAUGUUACUUCUCCUCCAUUUAUGAAUCUGGCAAAUUAUUCCUACUACCCUGGCAUGUGCAACAUGACCGCCGAGACGCAGGAGUCUCCCGGCGAGGCCAGCCCGGUGGUCCUGUCCCCCAACGUCAGCCUGGACUCCCCGCUGCCUCCCCUCAUGAUCCAGGCCCGCUCCAAGGACGGCGUCCUCAUCAAGUCGGAGCCGCGGGGGACCAGCCCGGACACCGCCGCCGACGACGGCGUCAUCCUGCAGGGCCAGACGGAGGAGCACCUGCCCACCGGCAGCCGCCGGAGGAAGAGGCCGGUGCAGAGGGGCAAGCCCCCGUACAGCUACAUCGCUCUUAUCGCCAUGGCCAUCGCCAACUCCCCGGAGAGGAAGCUCACAUUGGGGGGGAUUUAUAAAUUCAUUAUGGAGCGUUUUCCGUUCUACCGGGAGAACUCCAAAAAGUGGCAGAACUCCAUCCGCCACAAUUUGACCCUCAACGACUGUUUUGUCAAGAUCCCCCGGGAGCCUGGAAGACCGGGGAAGGGCAACUACUGGACGCUUGACCCCGCCGCGGAGGACAUGUUCGACAACGGGAGUUUCCUCCGGAGACGUAAGAGGUUCAAGCGGACAGAUGUGAGCACCUACCCGGGGUACAUGCAGAGCUCCAGCGCCUUCACCCCCACGCCCGUGGGGAGGCCCGCCUACCCGAACACGCUGUACGCCGGGUACGGGGCCUCGUCCCCGCACCCGGCCAUGCUGCAUCACUACCAGGCGUCGGCGGGGGUCUGCCAGGCCCAACCGCGCAUGUUCAGCAUCGACAAUAUAAUCAGCCCGCAGACGCUCAUGCAAGGCGGGGAGCUCAACCCUCAGGGGCUCGGAGGUGGCGACUUGUCCGCCAUGACGUCGAGCUGCUCGGUCACCGGCGGGGACCCGGCAGCGUGUUUCCAGACCCAGACGGUCAACAACCAGUCCGCCAACAUGUUGUGCAGAAACAGCGGGGGCAUCUCCAACAUGACCCCCGGGUACGCGUACUCCUCCCCGGCCUCGCCUCCGGGCCUCUCCGGCAUGGCUCAGACAGGGUUCUCCCCCGGGGGCUCGCAGGUGUACUGCCCGGGCAACAGGCUCUCUUUGCCGGCUUUGAGGCCGAGCUCCUGCGCGGAGCACACGGAGCAGCUGCUGGGUCUCUCCGGGCCUAUGAACAAUUACAACAACUCCUACAUGAGACAGGCCAACUUCGCUUCAGGAUUGGAGAGAUAUAUGUGACAUUUGCAUUAAAACUGACUUUUUUUAUGCUGGGGGUCUGAGCCGAGGAUUGUGACUUGUGCAGCCCUUUGAGACACUUGUGAUGAAGGGCUAUAUAAAUAUACUUUGAUUGAUUUAUUGGUUGAUUUUGGCUAUCAAAUACAGUUGAGUCAUCUUCGGGUCAAGCUGAUAGAACAUUCCAUUUAGAAAGGUAUAAAGCCAUGUAGCAUAUAUAAUAUUAUAUGUUUAAAACAUUCCAUGAUCUCAGAUAUUUAACUCUUUUACUGUAUUUGAAAAUAUGCCUGUGUGUUUUC